UCAAAUAAUUGAAGAGGGGCAAUUCCGCCAAUCCACAUCAACGGUCAUAAUUGCUUCAGCUUCACCCACUCCCUUUUCUCCCUUCGCAGCUUUGCUAAUAAGUCUCCCUUGUUUGGCCUUCACCCAAUCUGCAUUCAACAAUGGCAGCGGCAAACGCAGCGGCGGCCCCCAAUUACUCUCCAUUCACACUUCCACCACAGCCCUCAAUCACUCGGAAAAUCCCAAGUAAGUCGGAUUCAAACGCCCUCUGCAAAACCCUCAUAAUUGUCCUUCUCCUUCUCGCCAUUCCACUAUUUCCUUCACAAGCGCCGGACUUCAUCACCCAAACCGUCUUCACCGAUUUCUGGGAGAUUAUCCACCUCCUCUUCAUCGGAAUCGCCGUCUCCUACGGCCUCUUAAGCAGAAGAACUGCUCAAUUCGUCCCCGAUAAAUCUGCUGAUUCCAGUUUAUCUGGGAUUUCUCACCUGACUUCAAUUUUCGAUGAUGGGUAUGAAAAUGUAUGCUAUGAGCAUGAUAUGUUGCAUAAUUAUGUCAAUUGUGGUGAUCGGUUUGUAGGAAACGAUGAAUGCGUAGUUCCUAGUGGUGCAAAGAUUAGAUCUUUCGUGCCGAAUGCUGAGAAUGAGGGGGAUGGGAAUGGGAAUCGAGCGUGGCGCUCGUGUUACUCGAAAGGUGAAUCUUUGGUGGUUGUCUCUAAUGCUAAGUGUUUUCAGGGUGGAAGCUCUGAUUUUAAGCCCUUGAAUUUGCCCAUUAGGAGUUUGAGGUCAAGGGCUAGGGAUAAUGAUAGUGAUAAGCAAGAAUUCAAGAAAGGGAAUGAGUUUAGUAGUAACAAAUAUGAGGGUAAGGGCAAUGAUGAUGAUGAUGAUGCUAGUGUUGUUAAGAUUAGAGGUGUGGUUCCUGUGAAUUUGGACAAGAAGUUUGAGGAGGUUGCUGGGAGAUCAAAAAUCCCUUGGCGCUCGAGAUCCGGGAGGAUGGAAGAUGAGGAGGAGGAGGAGGAAAUAAGUGGUAUUUCCAAGCUACCUGCACAUAGUAGGCCUCACUCUGCUGGGGAAUUUGAGUUUGAGCGUCUCAAGUCUAGGCCACUUUGUGGUUCGAAGUUUUCUAGUACUCCUGAAUUGAGAAGCUCAAAAGUCGAAACUUUGGAGAGGGAAAUGGUGUUUGCUGCCUCACAUUCGAAAGCAGCCUCCAUAGAUUCUGUCCCCUCUAGCAAUAGUGCCUCUUCGGACAUGGACAGUGUUGGGGAUUUGGAAAACAACCUUGAAAGCUCUGGUGUGGAAGAGGAAGUAAGAAAAGGGAAACAAGCUAUUGAAUCUUUGGACAGUGAUGCGAAGUCCUCAUCCAUUUCUAAGGUUCAAGCAAGAGCUAAGUCGGUUAGGACAAUCAAACCAAAGAGAUACAUCGUGAAUCAGAAGGAACAAUGCCCUAGUCAAGGUGAAGGGAAGUUUAGGAGGAGGUUUAUCAAAUCUGAAGCAGCAGAUUCUUUGCUCAAAAGAAGAGAAGAAGAACCGGACAUUCCCCCAGUUGACCAUCAAAACCAAGAAUCUGGUCGUAUAUUCUCUAUGCCGAAGCCAAAACCAACUCUUCCCGAGCUCCAUAGUGAAGAAAAACAGGACAUUGAUGACCUAAGUUCUACCAAGUCUGUAGAUAGAGAGAUAGGGUUUGACAAGAGUUCGGUUGAGGAUGAAAGCAAACCUAACAUUGACACUGAUGGCGAACUCGGGAGUGAAGUUGAUAGAAAGGCUGGGGAGUUUAUAGCCAAGUUCAGAGAGCAAAUAAGGCGUCAGAAGACUUCAUCCGUGGAAGGAUAUAGUGGGUGGUAGCAACUAGUCUAGUUAACUCGAAGGUUUGUGCUGCUGUCCUUGCAGCUGUGAAUUUGUGUGAUUAUUAGCUGGAAGCUUAGUGUAUCAGUCCAGCAUUGUAUUUUUUAAUUCGUUCUCCAUGUAAAUUAAGUAUCCGACUGAUCAAUCAUAGCACCAUAGCUCCAUGAAUUACUGUUUUGUUUUAAGUAAUUUAAAUCUUUUUGCUCCA